AAAUAAAUAAAAUCCCUAGCCACCCACUCCACUCUUCGCCGCCCUUUCUCUCGUUUUUCUCUGUUCUCCUUUAUUUUUCUGCUCUCUCUGUCCCUCGCAAUGGCUGACACCGGAGUUGUAACUGUCUACGGCAACGGCGCUAUCUAUGAAACCACUAAGAAAUCCCCAUUCUCUGUCAAGGUCGGCCUUGCUCAGAUGCUCCGAGGCGGCGUCAUCAUGGACGUUGUCAAUGCCGAACAAGCCCGCAUCGCCGAGGAGGCUGGAGCCUGCGCUGUCAUGGCUUUGGAACGCGUGCCAGCGGAUAUCCGCGCUCAGGGUGGCGUCGCCCGAAUGAGCGACCCACAAUUGAUCAAAGAAAUUAAACAAUCUGUGACCAUUCCUGUAAUGGCCAAAGCUCGUAUUGGCCAUUUCGUGGAGGCCCAAAUACUCGAAGCUAUCGGCAUCGAUUAUAUUGACGAGAGCGAAGUUCUCACUCCGGCAGACGAAGAAAACCACAUUAACAAACAUAAUUUCCGGAUUCCUUUUGUCUGCGGUUGCAGGAAUCUCGGAGAAGCUCUACGGCGAAUAAGGGAAGGAGCGGCCAUGAUCAGAACCAAAGGUGAAGCAGGUACAGGCAAUAUUGUGGAGGCUGUUAGGCAUGUGAGGUCUGUUAUGGGAGAUAUUAGAGUUUUGAGGAACAUGGAUGAUGAUGAGGUUUUCACUUUCGCCAAGAAGAUUGCCGCGCCUUAUGAUUUGGUUAUGCAGACUAAGCAGCUGGGAAGGUUGCCAGUGGUGCAUUUCGCAGCAGGCGGAGUGGCGACCCCAGCAGAUGCAGCGUUGAUGAUGCAGCUCGGAUGUGAUGGGGUGUUUGUGGGUUCUGGCGUGUUUAAGAGUGGGGAUCCGGCGAGGAGAGCCCGUGCAAUUGUGCAGGCUGUGACACAUUACAGUGAUCCUGAUGUACUCGCAGACGUGAGCUGCGGAUUGGGUGAGGCUAUGGUUGGCAUUAAUCUGAAUGAUGAUAAGGUUGAAAGGUACGCCAAUCGAUCAGAGUAAUAGCAGUUGAAUCACACUUAGUGGAGAAUAUAUGUACCCAUAUACUAUUCUUGCUUUUAUUAGCUCUUUGAACUUUUCAAAGCUACUUUGAUUAUGUCUAUUUGGUUCUAAUAUGUAAUCUUAGAAACGAUUGUUCUUUGAAUUCUGAUUUGUGGGGGCUGUAGGAGAUUGGAGUUGUUUGUUUAUUUUUUUUAUAUUGGUGGAAAAUAAUGAGGUUGAGUGGAGAUAAAAUGAUAAAUCUCAGGAUUUCUGAUAUGAUUGAAAAGUUGAAGCUUUUCCAUUGCUGUUUCAAAACUAUUUAUUUGUAAUUAGUAAUUACAUGUAGUUACUGUUUCUUUUCUUUUGAAAAGAGAGUGAUUUUUGGCUCA